AAAGUAAAACGAGGAGAAACUGAUAAACAGCAGAGACAUAAACUUAAUAAAAUCCAUUCUCUGUUCAAUAUUUUGACAAAUAUAAAAAAAAAAUAAUAAUAAUAAUAAUAACCAAUAUUUUAAUAAUUGAUGAUAAUAAGUUGGUAUCAUUAAUAAUUUUAUAUUGUAUUAAAAUAAAUAAAUAAAUAAACAUAUAAGAGGCGCUCAAGAAAUUUCAGGAAAAGACAGUCUCUCGACAGGUGUAUGCCUCCUAUUUCUCUCUGCCAAUAACUUCGCCGGUGUUUCUCCAUAACCGCCGUCGUCGGCACCUUCCCGUCACGGGAAACAGCAACCACCUCCUACUUCAACCUUAGGCAGCUUCUGGGCAUUGUUAAAAUCAGACCUUGGGGCAGAACAAGAAGCCAACAGUAGACAAACCAAAGAGCUAAAUAAAAUAAGCCUUCACUAAUCAUCUGCUUCAGUUUUCUAACCAACAAAUCACUACAUUUUGUUCUAGUUACUGUAAUUCAUGGCGACCAUUCUUGUCCAACCACCAUUUCCAGCUUCCCAUAUAAUUCCUCCAAACAUGAUGAAAACUCCAAGAUUAGUCCCCACUAUACAUCCAAGGACAAGCAUUACAAGAUUUGGUGAAUUCCCUUUCGGAUCGAUGCCAAUAUACAUAACCAGGGUCACAGAACAAAGCUCUGGCCUUGUUGGGGAUGAGACAUUUACCCACAUCAAAUCAGAACUUUAUCAAGCACUUGAAGGAAUUAAUAGAGGGAUUUUUGGGGUCCCUUCUGCAAAGAAAACUGAGAUUGAAGAUCUGGUGAAGAUGCUAGAGUCUCAGAAUCCCACUCCAGAUCCGUCUUUAAAUCUAGAAAAGGUAGCUGGAUCCUGGAAGCUUUUAUACAGUACAAUUACGAUCUUAGGGUCCAAGAGAACAAAGCUAGGGUUGAGAGAUUUCAUCUCCUUAGGUGAUUUUUUCCAGAUCAUUGAUGUUUCUAAGAGUAAAGCAGUUAAUGUAAUCAAGUUCAAUGUGAGAGGUUUCAAAUUGUUAAAUGGACAGCUGAAAAUUGAGGCCUCCUUCAAGAUUGCAUCCAAAUCAAGAGUUGAUAUAAGCUAUGAUAACUCAACAAUAACUCCAGAUCAGUUAAUGAACGUGUUCCGGAAAAAUUAUGAUCUUCUUCUUGGCAUAUUCAAUCCAGAGGGUUGGCUUGAAAUCACAUAUCUUGAUGAUACAUUGAGGAUAGGGAGGGAUGAUAAAGCCAACAUUUUCAUAUUAGAGAGAUCAGAAAAUAAUUCAAUCAUAAGCCUUGAUUAAUCCCAAUAAACUUCUGCGCUUAAAGAUCAGCACAGGAAGAUUUAGUUUAUUACUGUGAGUAAAGCACGGGAGCAUUUGUCGGGUCAACUUUUUUGUUGUACCUUUAACUCAUACGUAUAUGUUUACAGCUCCAUGUCUGCAGGCAUAUUUUCAAGACAAAAAGUCAAGGUGAAAUCUAGAGGUGAUUGAAAUUUUUCAUUUUUAUAUUUUACAGACUAGCUUGUACUCUGUAUCUACAUAAUAUGCACAUUCUUUCACACAUUUCAAUUAAUGACACAUCAUAUGAUAUUUUUAAGUUUC